AUGAGAUUUAAUGCUUCUGAAAGUAGUUUACUUAUGUUUCCAACAUUAAUUUGUCAAAUUUUUAAUGUAUGUAUUAAAUCUCCAACACCAUACUUUUAUCAUGGAACAAUGAAAAAUAUUACUUCUGUACAAGGAUCUGAUAUUACAAUUUCAUGCUUAAUUGAAGAUAUUGGAAAACAUAUGGUGGCUUUUAUUAAAGAUGAGAUUCCUCCAAGAUUAAUUGCAUUUGAUGAUAGAAUAUUUAGGCAAAGAGAAAAAUAUGAAAUUGUACCUCGAGUGAAUAAUAAGGAGUGGAUAUUGAAAAUUAAAAAUGCUCAAGCUGAUGAUUCAGGUGGUUAUAUUUGUCAAAUUAAUACUGAUCCUAUAAUAACAAAAACAUCUUAUGUUACACUUAAAAUUCCACCUACUGUAUCAAGAUCAUCAACACCUGCAGCUGUUGAAGUUCGUGAAGGACAUAAUGUAACUCUUAUAUGUGAAGCUCAUGGUAAUCCUCCACCAACAAUUAUAUGGAGAAGAGCUGAUAAACAAUUGAUUAGAUUCAAUGGUGCUACUGGAUAUGGAUCUUCUGUUUUUAAUGGUUCACUAUUAGAAUUAAUUAGAGUUUCUCGAAAGCAUAUGAGUGAAUAUAUCUGUUUAGCUUCUAAUGGAGUACCACCAGAUGAGUCUUGGACGGUCAAAUUACAUGUUACUUUUCCUCCGAUUGUAUUACCACAAUUGCCAGUUGUAGAAGCUAUUAUCGGUUCUUUUGUUAGACUUGUUUGUAAUGUUGAAGCCUGGCCAAAAGGAGAUUUUAAAUGGGAAUUUAAUGGACAGGAAUUAUAUGAGAAUGAUAGAAUUAUUAUGGAACAAACUGUUGAAGAACGUUAUCGUAAUAUUUAUAUUCUUGAAAUACGAGAACUUAAUUAUGGUGAUUUUGGGAUAUAUAUAUGUAGUGUGGUAAAUGAUUAUGGUAAAGGAUCAGGAGAAAUUCAAUUAAUAGAAGCUCCAACACGAUUAGAAAAUAAUUUGAUUACAGAAGGUUCAGCAUUUUCUUCAGAAGAUGAUGAAGAUUCUUACCACAAUUUAAGAUCUAUAUUUCCUACAAAAAAUAAUCAUAAUCUAAAUAAUUUAGAUAAUGUAAAAGACAAACAUUUUGAUAUUGUGAAACCAACAGAAAUUGAUAAUUCUGUUUAUUCACAAGUUCCAUUAUAUAAGUUUGUCUCAUAUCCUCCACCAACAUCAUCAGUAUCAAAUAUUUUAAAAUCUGAUCAAAAACGAACAUUACUUGAUAUUAUAAAAGAAUUAAUAAGAGGACCAAGAGGAAGUUCAUCUGCGUCAUCAUUCAAUAUUAUACCAAUAGUAAUUGUAUACUGUCCAUUUAUAUUUUCCUUCUUAUUUUCUCAACAUUUUUUCAAUUAA